UUUUAAAUUCCCAAAAGCAAAAUCAGCGGCCGCCGACUGCGACUUCGACUCGCCUAGAUCGACGAUGAAUCGAAACAAGGCACAACGGCGAGUCCGAGUUGACGAAUCGCAGCCCCCAAAGUACUACAACGAUGAAGAACAACAAGAAGAAAACGGGAUGCGAUUGAGACCGUCGGAUAGCAAUGUGACGGAAGAUCAGGAGCCGUUCAUGGGAAUCAAAGUCAGAAGAAAAGCAUCCCUCCGUAGAGAAUUCAGAGGGGAUUACUUGGAUGUCCCCUCCCGCUCCUUCUUAAUGAAGAUCUUGCAAAAACAAGGUGACAAGCAAGUUCUAUUUGCUGAUAAAGUUUUGAAGUUCACUUCAUCGGGGAAGAUGAAACGGCGGAUUCUUAUGAUCACCGAUUUUGCAAUUUACAUUGUUGACCCUGACAGUGGCUCCCUUAAACGGCGUAUAGCUUUAGCAGCUGUUGAUAAGAUGUGUUUGAGUGAAUUAAGCGAUAAUUUCUUCGCAAUUAUCAUCCCAACAGAGUAUGAUUUACUUAUGGCUAGUACCCGCAAAACCGAAAUUGUAACUGUCUUGGUUGAUGCUACCAAAAGUGCUUCUGAAUAUGAACUUGAGGUGGUCUUUUCCAAUAGGUUUGAAUAUAAUGCUUCAGCUGAUGAUGUUAAAGAAGUUCAGUUUGAGGGAGCUGAAGGGGGUGUUAGAACAAAAAUUGUGAAGAAGUAACUGAGUUGCAAAUAUGUAUUUUCCUUGAGUGAGAUCUUGUGGUGAAAUGCAGUCCAAAAUGCACAAAAUAUAAGAUUCAUUGGUUUAUGUGUGAGGUUCUGCUUCUCUUCGAGGCCACUACCAGAAAGACACGUUUAUCUUUUUCUCUUACUGAUCAAUGUGUUUUACUGUCUGCAAUUCAUAUUUAGAAAAGGGUAUUGUAUAAAAUUCUUUCAACUUUUGGUUCCCCGUGGAUUGGGAUUUGAUAUCUCUACUUAUGGUAGAAAUUGUCAAAAUAGAACAUGUCUGUGUGUAACUUUAAUGGAGUAUUUACUGUCUGCAAUUCAUAUUUA